GGCAGCUCGGCUGACGUCAGGGAGGAAGGUGACAAGCCGCAGCUCCUCCUCCGUGCAGGCAGCACUCCAUAUAAUAGUUUCCUUCUGCUUUUCGCCGGUCAGGCGCGGAAAGAGCCGAGUGAGGAGGAGGCGGUGGGCACCUCGCCGAGGGAAACGGCGGCGGCGAAAGGGCAGUUUAGGUCCGCCAGCGGGGCCGAGGACGACAGCGCGCCUGCUGACCGCCGGUGGCCUCUCAACUCAGCCGCCGCCCGCCGCCCGCUCGGACCAGGCGAGGAGGGGCUUCUCUGCCGAGUUCUCUGGCUGUGGCGCAGCUCCCCAAGGGCUCGUGCGGCGGGGGGGAGGCGAUGUUCCCGCUGGGCUCCACCUGGAAUAUCUCUUUCGCGGGCUGCGGGUUCCUGGGGGUGUACCACAUCGGGGUGGCCAGCUGCCUGCAAGAGCAUGCGCCCUUCUUGGUCGCCAAUGCGAAAACCAUCUACGGCGCAUCCGCUGGAGCUCUGACAGCCACCGCUCUGGUCACUGGAGCCUGUUUGGGUGAGGCUGGUGCAAAUAUAAUUCAUGUCUCUAAAGAAGCUCGGAAGAGGUUUCUUGGCCCUCUGCACCCAUCCUUCAACCUGGUGAAAAUCAUCCGUACUUGCCUAUACAAGACCCUGCCAGACAAUGGACAUGAAUUGGCCAGUGGGCGCCUAGGCAUUUCACUGACACGGGUCUCAGAUGGAGAGAAUGUCAUAUUAUCAGAAUUCAACUCCAAAGAGGAACUUAUCCAGGCAUGUGUUUGCAGCACCUUCAUCCCAGUGUACUGUGGACUGAUCCCUCCAAGUCUUCAAGGAGUGAGGUAUGUUGAUGGAGGGAUUUCCGACAACUUGCCACAGUAUGAACUGAAGAACACCAUUACAGUGUCUCCUUUCUCAGGAGAGAGUGAUAUCUGUCCACGGGACAGUUCCACAAAUAUCCAUGAGCUGCGAGUCACCAACACCAGCAUUCAGUUCAAUCUGCGCAACCUUUACCGCCUCUCAAAAGCCUUGUUUCCACCUGAGCCACAGGUUCUGCGGGAUAUGUGCAAGCAAGGCUACAGGGAUGCUUUGCAUUUUUUGAAGAGGACUGGUCUCCUCCAUCAUCCAAGACCUAUGCUGCCUGUACUAGCCAUAGAAGAUAGUGCAGGAGAGAAGAACCCUGAAGAGGAAAAAGCUGGAGAAGAGCAUCAGUUGGAGGAGAACUCUGCACUGACAGUAGCUGAAGACCAUAUCUUUGAACACUUGCCUCCUAAAUUGCACCAGGCCCUUUUAGAAGCCUGCACAGAGAGGAGAGGGCUGUUUGCUAGCAUUGCCAACCUGUUGCCUGUGCGCCUAGCAUCUACCUUGAUGCUCCCAUACACCCUUCCUCUAGAGUCUGCUCUCUCCUUCACUGUCAGGUUGCUUGAAUGGCUGCCAGAUGUUCCAGAAGACAUUAGGUGGAUGAAAGAGCAAACAAGAAAAGUUUGUCAGUAUCUCAUGAGAAAAGCCAAGAACAAGCUAGGAAGUCAUCUCUCAGCACGGCUAUACUACCAUCUUGAACUCAGAAAGACCCAGAGUUUGCCUGUGCCCUUGAGCGUUGGCUAUGGAGAGGCAUUGCCAAAGUGGUUGCGGAAUAACCUCUCCCUAACAGACGUUAUGACAAAAUGGGAAGAAUACCAGCGCCAGCUGAUGCUGGGGCUAUUCUGCAUUAAUGUGGACCUCCAGGCUUCUAUCUUCCCAUCAGAAGGGCUUCAGAUGAGACACCCCCCUGCAGGCAGCUCACAAGAGAGCCUCCAGCUCUUCUAAAGCCAUCACCAGUAGUAUUUGAGCAAGUAGAAGGUGAGGGAGGGUAGCAGUAGUAUCCUUAAUAGGUUCUAAGGGGACUUCUUCCCACCAGGAACAGGGAGAACUGAAACCAAAACUACCUGAUUGUGCCAGUGUUAAGCAGGUGACUGACACGAUGUGAUACCCAACACACUCUAAUGGGUUUCAUGUUCACUUUUUGAGAUGAUGGUGUAUGAAUAUUCAGUGACUGCAAUAUCAUUGUUCUCUCUCUUGGUUGAACUAUUAAGAGUUUAAUUUUAGGACACCUCAGACUUGUGUAUUCAGAAGAUUGUGUUUCAAUCAUGCCCUGGCGUUCUUUGUUUUUAAAUCAGUAUUGUGAAAUGUGUAGCUUUAUAUUUUGUGUUUUUAAAGAUUUGAGUCCCCUGGGGUCUUUAAUACUAUGGGAUGCUAAAAGCAUGGCAGCCAAGUCUGCAAGCUAAGCCAGGUCUUGUAUCGGAGCCUGUCCUUCUUAUCAAAUGUGCAUGGAAACAAGUUAUGAAAUCUUCUCCACGUUCUCUUGCACAUAUUUUAUGGUGCCACUGCUGUAGAUAUAGAUUUGAAGAAUACAAGCUGUAAACUUAACUGUGUCCCCCUAGAAUUUCUGGAAUUUGUCCCUUCUAAGGAACUUCUUACAGUGGAGAGGGGAGAACUCAAAAGUGCUGACGUUUUGUUGUUAGAACUAUUUCUGAAUAUAAGGCUGUUUUUUGUUUUCUAAACCAAUCAGUGCAGUUUGGUGCUGAAUUUUCUCCAAAUGAUUUUUAAUUUAUGUUAGUUUCUGAACUCUAUUGUAGGGAUGAAAAAAAGGCUAGAAGAAAGUAAAAUGGUUUAAUGUAUGUUUUGAAAUAGCUUGUGAUUAAGUGCAAGUUUUGCUAAAAAUGGUGAGGUGAGAAAGUAGAAAAUGGUGAGCAAAGGAUUUGAUCUCACUUGCAAGGAAACAUGAAGAAUUUAUACUCUGGAGACCAAUGGUUCCAACAAGAUGAACUUGGAAGUGUAUGAACUCACAUCCACUUGUACCAAUAGGGAGCUUAAUCCCUUGUGAAAAUGAUGGUCUUUAUAGUCCCUUCCAUUUCUGUGGCUAUUGUUGCUCUCUGUAGGUGGUUCUAGUGAAUACAGGGGAUCUGCUGAAUAUGGGUAAACUAGAGCUGGAGGUCCUAAAUGACUGUACUUUGAGAACUGGAGGAACACAGAAAGUAGCGAGGUGCCAAAAAAGAAUGUAUCUCCUUCUUUGCAUGUUAGAUGAGUAGCUCUUGGAUUCCCUUCUUUUUCUGCUAAUAAAGUGCAGAAAAUAAACAUGCAAUAAAUAGGAAUUAAUUCCUCUUGGUUAAACUGACAUUCUUUCAAUUGAAAAAAAAAUCCUCAGUAGUCUAAAAGGGCAUUUAUUUGAUUGUCCAGAUCUGGAACCUGUUGCUGAUGCCUUUUUCUAAAUUCCUCAAUUGUCUACUGCAUCUGCAUUAAAGAUGAAGCACUCCAGAUAGCAAGAAUGAGUGCUGACCAUUGUUAUGUGGAAUCUUUUCUUAUAACCUCUUAUAAAUGUGAUCUGACUACUACUAAUUGCCAUCAGCAAUGAACUUUGUCUCAGGUUUCCCUGCCGGUGCCUUGUAACUACUGCACAGCAUGGCAAAGAUUUAUUGUGAUAGGAAAGCAGCAACAUUUCCCUUUCAUACUUCUUAUAGCAAUACUAUAUAUCUGACCUAUUUUCCAUCAGGGCUGGGGAUUCCACCCCCACCACCCCCACCACCCCCAUUUUGAUUUGCAUUGUAGAAGCACAAGGAUAAUUGCAUUGUAGAAGCACAAGGAUAAUUUUAUGCUACAUGAACAAAAUAAGGGUUUGGCAUAUUUAUGACAAGAAAUGUUUCUCUUUUAUUUCUAACCAAACUGCUGUCACUGUUCCACUUAUAUCGCAAACAAUCUGCCAAAGAACAUAGCCAAGGCAUGUGGGAUACAUACAUACAUACAUAAUAUAUAUGAGCAGAAGAGUGUUAAUAAUGAUGCAUUUUAAGUGCCAUUAGAGAACAAAUGUAAUUAGCAUACUUCAUUAUGUCUGUGAUAGACCAGAGAAGAAAAUGUAAUAAUUUGUUUUGUGUACGUUUUUGCAAAACUGAGCUGCGUGUCACUCUUUGUUAGCAGAGGUUCAUGAGGUAUGUCUGCGUAGGGUUGGGUUUCUUAAUUUCUUUUGAUGGGGAGUAUUCUUACCAAUGGUUAAAGUCCUAUUAGCACAAAAACUUCUGGCACUUAAGAGUUUAGCUAAUAAGGUUUCUUCUACCAAGAUCUUCAUCUGCAAAACUUUUGCAGUGACUGGCUGCUUUGUGUUUGGGAACAAGCAGUGCUGAUGAUACAGAAAAAAUAUUUCAGCCCUUUAUUGAUCACCCAAGUAGCAUAAUUGCCUGUUAUGUUUUUGCAUCUACCUUAUUUUACAUAAUUUGGAAUAGUCAAGCCCUUAGAGUGUGAAAUCUUUUAAGUAGGCAGGGUAGGAGUGGUCACAGAUUGGCACUGUGACCAGUUAAAUAGCUGCUAGCAUAUUCUUUAUGUGAACGUAGUGGGUGGCAUUUCUUUAUCUGUAAUUUGUGUUAGAUCCCUUUAGGCAAAUUGUGAAAGAUCCACAACACCAAAAGAAUCUGAUUCCCUGUCUUAGUUCUCAUUCAACAAUGGGAACUUGCUUUGUGGAAUUCUUGCUGUUUCUGGGUGCUUCAUUUCAUUGUAAAACAAGACAGACUCAACUAGCAACUGUUUGCCCAGUGGAACAAAAAAAAAAUAGAUAACUGUUGCAUUUAACUAUGGCCUGAGGUGCUAUUUUAUGAACAGUUUAAGCAAACAUCAGAACUUCUAUUUGGAGGAAGAAAUACUGUUACUUACUAGAGAAAGUUUUAACUUUUCUGUCACAUUUGCUUAUGGCUCAGUAACUGGGCUGGGGGUGGAGGUGGGGGAGGAAAUGCACACGAAGCUGAUACUUGUUGUAAUGAUAAACACUUUCAUGAAGUUCCAUUCUUUCCUUAAAAUAAUGAGCACCUCUAAGCAGGACUGUGAUUAAAGUACCUUAGAGGAGACUCUAAAUAUAGCUUGGCAAGUUUGAGGACAGAUUUUGUACCAACCGUGCCUCCUACCUGAAAUCUCUAGACAUUUGCUGUUGUUUGAGUGUUAUCUAGUUAAUCUGCUACAACUAAUCUAUUUUUAAGUUUAAUUUUAAAUAUUCAGAAAAACAAGCAUUUUUCUCUGUUGUGACAAGUUAGCACCUUUUUAAACUACUUCUAAUAUAAAUGCCUUUUUUUGUGCUUCUGAUGAGGCCAACAGUAAAUUUAUGUUUGUGUGUAUGUAUAACCAAUUACUAACUUAUUCAAUACUGUAUCCUAUUUUAAAAUAUCUUGCACAACAAUGUAGGUUUUUGUAGUAAGCUGCUUUAUAAGGCACAAUGAUUGUACUUCUGGUUUUUUGUUUGCUGCUAAUCUAGAGAGGACAUUUCUGUAGGCUACCCAAGAACCAGCUAGGAAAAUAACUAUAUUUAUAAAGUAAGUUUGUUCAUAAAGCUUUCAAAUUAAAAAAAUAAAUUAAAACAACUAAAACAGCCGUUCCAACUAAAAAAAGCAUUGGAAUAAAAAAACCCUUAUUUAUACUAAAAUCCAAACACUGGUGCCAAAAUUUCAUAUUGCAACAUGCACUGCACUUUUAAAGAAAAGCAAAAUUUGCAAUUAACUUUAUCUAAAAUUUAAGAUUUUGGUUCAAUUCAGUUGUAGCUACUGGACAGGCAAGAUCAUGCCAAGAAAUGGAUUAGGCAUCGUACAUCUGUGACAAGUAAAUGGUCCUCUUCCCAUUCUGCUGAUAAACUGCUGCCUUUCCUACAAAUGGCACAAAAUCGAAGAUGCCAAAGAAGGAUUUUCUCUGAAUGAAAAGGUUCUUUUCACCAAGGAAGGAACUCUUUGCCAAGUUUAUUGUUUUUGUGGGAGUGGGUACUGCUCUGAUAGUGUUGUGUACUUCUGUUAACAGCUUGUGGUAAACCAGUUUAUAGCACUUGCUGCUAUGCAAGUGAAUUUUUUUUUCUUGAACAGAAAGCAGAAACAAAAUUUGUUGGGAAACAAGCAGUUGAUUUAUUUACCUUAUGUCUUUGUUAAGUAGCAUUUGAAUAACCACUUGAAGGUUAUUAAUUUUUUAUGCUUUGUUUUCUGUUCCUUGUUUUGUUCCCCUAAUAUGUUGCUGGCAAUGUGUAAAGUAUUUAUUUUGAAAGAAUAUACCUCUAAUAAAAUACUUCCUAAAAGUA